CUCAAAACAUAUCCAUAUCAUUCAUUUUUUGUAAAUACCCUCUUAACAACACCCCUCCUUCCUCUCCCCUUCCCGUUGCCCUUGACUCUCGGCCGGGUGGAUUAUUAUGCCUUAUUCCCGAGGCCGUGCAGAAUGCUGCGUUCCACCGAGUUUUUCCGCAGCAUCGAGUGCCCGUUUUACGGUGGCAUCUCCCCCUCUCCCCCCUGCACCGCGGGCGGAGGCUGUAACCGGCCCUAUUGUCACUUUAGGCACCGCAGCCAGAAGCCGAGGGAGAAGCCGCUGGGCGACGACCAGCCUCUAGCAGCCGACCGAGAACAUGGAUAUGAUCCAUAUAAUCCGGAACUUCCGAAGGGUUCAUCCAGAAAUGGAGAAGGGAUCUCGGGUGACCUUACAGAAUCUAGUACUCUAGAGUUGGAACUGGUCAACAAAGCCAUUGAGGCUGUUCAGAAUGAGGUUGAACGAGAACAGAAAAAACUGUCAAAGUAUGAGGAUCUUCUCGAUGAAAAAGAAGAAUAUGUCCUUUCAACGUCAUCUACACAAAAGACCGUCAGCAAAAUCAAGAAUUACUCAAAACCUUUAACUAAUGUAGAUAAAUUGAUAGAUUCUUUAGAAUAUAUUCCAAAUAAUUACCACCUAAAUAGUAAUGUAGAAUACACCCCUACUCCACUUUCUGUUAGUGCCUAUUCCAGUAAGUACACUUUGGAUACAGAUGAUGAAGGUGAUGCAAGAGGUAAUUCUUUGAAAUAUGUCCCAACGCUUGUGACGAAGCCAGUCAAAAAUGCUACUUCUGUAUCCGGUAAUAAAUAUGUGAUUGACAAUACCAAGCCAUGCACUGAUUUAGAGUAUGACCCUUUGCUGAAUUAUUCAGCCCGACUGAUCAAAAAAAGGACAAAGCAACAUGAGACCAAAAGGCCCAGAAGAGACGGCGCGGAAGAACCGUAUAUACCUACAGCAAAGAAACGUUGCCAUCGUUUGAACUUAAGCAGCGAUGAUGUGGAUGCGGAAUUCUCUGACUCUGAAGAUGAUCAAACUAAUGACCAUCAACAAAGUUGUGACAGGCAAAGGUCAGAUAUAUUGUCUCUGAAGGCAAAGGACUUGAACAAGCAGUCUGUGAAAAGGAUAACAAUUCAGUGUAACGUAGAAGAUGUUUGCAAUAUUCCUAGCAAACAAGAGGUGAAUAGAAGGAAACAGAAGAUGAAGAAAAACAUUCGUUCGUCUAAAUUUUCACAUUGUAGCAAGGAAGAACUUGAAGAACGAGAAUGUAAAGAGAAAAGGGAUAAACAAAGUGACCCAGAUGGUUCAAAGGUGAAGGCAAGAAAGGACAAAAUGCACAGUAUCAAAAUUAAAUCUUCACACUGCCCACAGCAAGUUGACAAAACCAGUAAAGUAAAAUGUGCAAAAGAAAGUUCAGAAAUUAAGCGAGAAAAACAAGGGGAGAAAUUAAAAAACAGUAAGAAUGGGGAUAGUACAUUUGUUGAAAAGAAACACAAAGGGUCUGAGAAAAAUGGGGUCAAAGAAGUAAAGCAUAAAAUUAAAUCUGAUAAAAGCCCUACUGGAAAGUUGGAUAAAACAAAUAUUAGCAAACUGAAUGGGGUAAAAAUUGAAAACCAAUCCAAGUCCAGAUCAACCAGUUUAUCAGAUAGUUCAAGAAAAAUCAAAUGUCAUGAUGGCAAAAUCAUAACUAGUCAGAAAAUUGACAAAAAUAAUGACAACAUAAAAUCCAAAGCUUUGAUACGUAAAAAUGUAACUCGUAUGGACAUUAAAAACAAAGAUAAGGAGUCAAAAUCUCUGAAAGAUAAAGCAAAACAUCGAGAAAGAAGAUUGAAACCAGCCUUAACAAAGCGAACACUCAGUCGCACAGACUUAUUUGGUGAUGAUAGUAGUAACGACGACGACACUGCUAAAGAUGGCACAGCUGUGAAUCAUGAGUCUGAUUCAGACAGUGACAGAAAUCCACAUAUCAACAGCUAUUCCAGUGAGGAUGAAACUGGGGACCAUAGUGAAGGGGCUUUCUCUUCUGAGGAUGAUAUCAACAUUCUCAGUCUAGAAAAGGAUUUUGAAUUUGAAUCUGAUCCCAUGGAGGAAUGUCUAAGGAUUUUUAAUGAAUCUAAAGAAGUGAAGAAUGAAGAUAAGGGCAGAGUUUCAAAACUGAUGGUACUGGAAAGUAAAGAAGAAAAUGAAUCUAAUUUAACUACACUAUUCCCAGGACAGAAAAGAAGAAUUUCACACAUUUCAAAGCAAGAAAAUCUAGAACCUGCCAAACCAGUUAUCCGUCCUUUUCGUAGAUUUACUGCCCAAGAGGUUUGUUAUCAGCGGGGUCUGAUGGCACAUCAACAAGCUGCACAGCAUGCAGAAGUAGAAAAAUCAGUCAGUGUAUCUUUCGUCAAACAAGGACUGAAGAAGAGAGUUGCACAUAUGCCAAAACCAGAGACGACAUCACCAGAUAAUCAAUCCCCUAUGAAGCAGAACACAGAGCCAAUAAAAAGAACUGCAUGUCCUAACAGCCCAAGAAGCAGCAGAAUUGGUUUAAAACCUCAAACUGCCAUUGGCAUGGCAUCAAAAACUGUAACAACUUUUGCACAGAAGAGGAUAGCUCAUACUCCAACUUUAAAGUCAAGCUUGAAGAGACCCACCAUUCCUACAGAAUAUGGGUCAAAAGUUCCAACUAACGUGAGGCAACGGUAUUUGAAUGUCUUCAUCGAUGAAUGCUUGAAAUUCUGUACAUCCGAACAAAUGGCCUUUGACAAGGCUUUGAGUGAAGAAAGUACAGUGUAUCAGCGAAGUACCAGUAGAACAGUGUACCUAAAUGUGGCUGUAAACACCUUAAAGAAGUUGAGGAGCCAAAGCAAUGGCAUGCCAUCACCUCCAAAACAAGCAGCUAAUGUAGACACAAAAAAGAAGAUGCAGUCACAUGAAGCAUUGCUUGGGGGAAGGUUAGCCAUGAAAACAAGUUUCACUCUGAAUCGAUCUGGAAAGCAGCAAGAUGUUGAACUCAAGGGUGCUUCGCUAUACAACAGGCUAAGUGAAUAUAUUUUAACCGAAGACCAAUUGCGAGAGAAUUGUUAUCCGAGGCCCCAUGCAGAGAAACCGGGUGUUGCAGUGCUUUAUAAUCAGAAUGAGAAAAAGAACAUCCUUGACCCUUCCUUAAGGAUCUGCUGCCGUUGUGGAGCUGAAUAUGCUGUUUCUGUUAGUGGGAACUGUAUACGGAAAGAAGAAUGCAACUACCACUGGGGACGGAUGCGUCGUCAAAAAGUACCUGGUGGUUGGGAAACACAAUACAACUGCUGUGCAGGAGCAAUAGGAUCUCCAGGCUGUCAGACAGCGAAGCAACAUGUUCAGGAUGGUCGCAAAGAAAACUUAGCUGGCUUUAUGAAGACCUUUGAAAAAGCAAUGCCACCAGAUGAAAACCCAGGGAUCUUUGCUCUAGAUUGUGAAAUGUGCUACACAAAGCAAGGUUUGGAGCUGAGCAGAUUGACUGUUGUAAACUCUGACCUAAAGGUGAUGUACGAUACAUUUGUCAAACCGGACAGUAAGGUUGUUGAUUAUAACACCAGAUUUUCUGGUGUAACAGAGGAGGAUAUGGCAAGCACAACAAUCACAAUCCGUGAUGUACAGGCAGUAUUACUGAAUAUGUUCAGUGCUGCCACCAUAUUAAUGGGGCACAGCUUGGAAAGUGAUUUAUUUGCACUAAAGCUUAUGCAUAGCACAGUGAUUGACACGGCGAUUGUGUUUCCACAUCGAUUGGGAUUGCCAUAUAAAAGAGCACUGAGAAAUUUGAUGGCAGACUACCUCAAACGCAUUAUCCAGGAUAACGUUGAAGGACAUGAUUCCAGUGAAGAUGCCAGUGCCUGUAUGGAACUAAUGAUCUGGAGAUUAAAAGAAGAUGCAAAACUGAGAAGAUGACAUCUCCUGUGUCCCUUCUUUUGUCAUGCACCUAGAGGACUGGAAUUGUCAACAAGAUUCACAGUGGAUUUGACAAGAUAGGGAUGUUAUGAUUCGUAGGAUAUUUGCAAAACUAAAGGCAAAGAUCGGCUGUUUUUUUAGAGAAAGAAACAGAUUGAUUCAAAAUUGCCUUUUUUGUUUACAGUAUUUAUUUGUUUUUGUACAUGUGGCAAUCUUUUCGGAAAAAUUGCUCCGUGUCCAUUGUAAAUGUCCAAAUACUGCAAUUUGACUUGGUAGCAUUAUGGCAUUUCUUUAAAAUGGCAUUCCAAGAAAUGCAGUCAUUCUUGCUGCAACUAUUGUGUAAGGAUAAGUGUAACUCAAAUGUGCAAAACCAGUGGCUUUUUAAAACUCUGAUUUAAGAAAGAAAAAUGGAUAUGCUUUCUCCUCCCUUUUCUGUUUCCGUUCAUCAGUUUUGUGGUUUCCAAUGCUGAAAAAUAAAUUAAAGGUAUGAUUAUUUUGUAUGUAGUGCCUGCUCAUAACUUUACCUAUUUGCUGUACAUGCCUUUUCAAAAAUGUACUUGUAAGAAAGGCAUGGUACGUUAUCUUCCAAGUCUAGUGUUGCAUUAUACUUCUGAAGUAGCAAUCUAUUGGAUUGUUCUUGAGAUGUCAUGUCCUCAUUUUCCCAUUAUCCACCAAGAAAUAGAAUACGUUAUCCUAUCGUUUUGGUUAAGCAUUAUUUCACCGCUCUUACGCCCUUUUAAUUGGCCAUGAGGGUCCAUUUUUAGAAAUUUAUAGACCAAGCAAGGCACACUGUCUCCCUUUUGCACUGGUUAACCUUUUAUUACUGCCCAAUUUCAUACUAAUAUUUAAAUAAUAUUGACUGAUAUUCUGACUUUGUUACGAUAUUGAUCUUUUGUCUGUAUUUUCUUUUUGUACUGUACUUUAUUUUUUAUCAUUUGCCAACUGUUGCAAUAGAAGUGGAAACGCUGGGAGCAUAUUUAGUGAACGCAUUCUUAAAAAUGUGCUGCAUUGCUUUGUCCCACGCACCUUUGAAAUGCACCCCACUCCCAUGCCAGUGCAUUUUAAAAAGGUUAAAUUAAAUAUAGGUGUUUAUACUGAAAAUAUUUGGCUGUUUUUUUUUAUAGCUAAAAUUUGUACAUCAAUGGAAUGUCCUUCUAAAAAAAAUACUGCUUUUAUUUGCAGAAUAUUUGAUUGGAUUUGCUUCAGAAAACUCUUAGGAUGGCACUAAGACACUUGCUAUAAUGAAAAUCCAAACAGCUGUAGUUGCACUUACAAAUAGUGUCUUGUGCAGUGCAUAUCCUGAUUGUUGCGAUUUAUAUCUUUUGUUUUUCCAGUUAAUUGUGUAAAUAUCUCUGUAUAUUGUUUACACCUAUACUUUAAUAUUGAAGAUUGAAAGUAGGUGACAACAGUUUGAAAGUAUCACUGGAUACUUUCAAGAUUGUUCUUGUAACUGCUAACAUUGUUGAUUUUAUGCAAGGGAGUCUUUUUCCUUCUAAAGACCAUUUAUAGUAAUUAUGGAUCUGCACGUCAAGAUAUGAAGACAAUCAUGAUGUUCCAGAUAGCUUGUGCCAUAUGGCAUAAAGGGCUGGUGUUGCUAAUGGAAUGUAAAACAAGGAAAAUUCAUGAGUUAAUAUUACUGUGGGCUACUUGAAAGUUCAGUUGAUUAGAACAUAGAACAGUAGAGCACAAGAACAGGCUUUCUGUCUACAAUGUCUGUGCCGAACCUAAAGAUAAACUAAUCUCCUCUGCCUGCACGUGAUCCAUAUCCCUCCAUUCCCUGCAUGUCCAUGUGCCUAUUUAAAAGCCUCAAAUGCCACGAUCACAUCUGCCUCCACUUCCAUCCCUGGUAGUGUGUUCCAGCCUCUCACCACCCUCAGUGUAAAAACAGAACUUGUCCUGCACAUCUCCUUUAAACUUUGCUCCUCUCACUUUAAAGUUGUCCUCUAGCCUUUGUGCAAUUAAUAAUCAGUGUAGGAUAGAACCAUACUGGAAAUGUUUUGUGAUUAGUUCGAGGUCAAAUUGAUGAACAGCAGUGAUUGAAAAUAUGAAUACUGCAGCUAAAAAAAUCAGCUAAUUUUUACUGCCCAUUCAAAAGCAGUCUAUGUAAAGGGGAAAUGGUGAAAAUCAAUGUGAGGUAUGGGAGAGCUGUCAGCAUAUUACGAUGCAAAAAUAAGCUGGAGAUUUCAGUUCAGAAAAUGUAACCAAAAGCUAGCAAAUAUACUGUCCAAGUUAUUCGGUGUUUGGAAUGAGCUGCUUAUAAAUAUUUUAUCAAUCUUAAAUAGUAAGGAGAAAGAUUUGUACUGAAUAUGUCGGUGAGAAAAAAAACCCUAUUAUUUUCAUGGAGCUCCUUCAUGGCUUGGAGAAAAGUGCCAUUUUCUGUGGUCCAAAACCAUACAGGAAUUUCUGUUUCCUGACCUCAGCAAUAGUUGAGACACCAUAAAUGGCCACUGCCUUUUCCUUAACCCUGCAUGCUCUAUCUGUCUUUGAAUGGUCAGUCUGCACUAGCUCUACUGCUAAGGGCAUGUUUGUAGUAAUGGCAUAAUUUGGCUUCUACUCGGGGAAUCUGGAAUUCACUCCAGAAGGAGUUGAGAAAGGAACCAAGGGGAGACUGUUCAUAUUUAAUUCAUUUGACUUUAUUGAAUGCAGUUUCAUUAUCUGAGCUUUAUCUCUUGUUUCAAAAAGGUAACAGAGGGGAUACUGAUAGAAUAACAAAUUCAGUUUUUAAUUACCUUUUCAGCCCUAUCAUAGCAAUAAUUGUCCAUCUUUUUUCUACCAAACCCCCCAGGUUUUAAUAUAGUGAGACAGUGAUUACUGUAGAAGACUAAGCCAUAUUCAGGGCACCCGACUCUGAAUCUCUUUCUCCAAUACUCGCUGUUUUAGCAAACCACCUUUCUUGAUCUUGGACUACUAAGAUCACCUCAUGAUGGCAGAACAGUUCGAGCAAGGACAAAACAAACACUGAUCUGCUGAAUUGCUCCCCUUGCUUGCUGUUGAAUAGCAAAGGAGGGAGGGUAGUGUUCGGGCAAUCCUACUUUCCUCUGAUUUUGGUUCAAAAUCUUUGAUUACUGGUAAGUCAAAAUGAAGAAAUAAGCACAUUUAGAAAGCAGUGUUGUAAUUAUUACCAAAAUUAGUAUGUUUGGAAGAGGAGAGAUUAUUUGUCAAGAUUGUCAAGUUUCUUUUUCUUAUGGUCUAAUAGCAAUAGCAGAUUAACAGGUUUUAUUUAAAAUGUACAAACAAAUUUGCAAACAUGACCUUUUGAGUAUUUUAAAAAAAUCCAAAUCACCACUUAAUAUCUUAAUCUAUUUAAUGUGCUGUGUAUUAUUUGUUUAUACCUUAAUAGAUGUAAAGUGCUAUAGUUCUUCCUCAGAAUAACUCAGUGAAUGUUGUGCAUUGUUCUGUGAACCAGAACAAUGUAGAACCUUUAAUGUUCCUUAAGAAUGAAAAAUAGUAAAUUUUGUAAAGCAAAAGUAUUAAAAAUAUGUUCAGUUCCUCAAUUUUUGUGGCUAUUCUCUGAACAGAAAAUAACUGCUAAUAAUUUGAAAAUAUUGAUCAAUUUAAGUAUAAUACUUAUCCAAUCGUGUACAUUGGGUAAAAAAAUAACCUUCUGUAGUGUAUAAAAUUACUAAGAACUGUGCGAACACAGAACAUAUACCGUAGUAAUUCACGUUCCUUGUUUUGCAAUAAACUUUUUUGUUAAAAAAGUGAAAAAUAAA